ACGAGGACUUCCCCAUUUUGGCUCAACACCUCCGGCUGCUAUGUUUAGCUGUUAGCUGUAACAGCGAGGCUUCAGCUUGUCUACGUUUAUUUUUACGGCUUUCCUUUUUACUUUCAGCAAGCACAGAGGUGUUUCGUAGUACGGGGUUGAAUCUCAACCUUAAAUGGACGGAGAAGACGACGACUUUAUGUCUGGCAGCCACUCCGAUGAUGGGGGGGGCACUCCAGUUCAGGAUGAGCAUGCGGCAUCAGAUGGCGAGGAGAUGAGGAGUGACCGGCACCAGUCGGAGGACGAGGGCAGUAAUGAUGAAGAUGCUUCACACACGAUGGAGACCAGUGGGGCCAUCAGCGGCUCAGACAACGAAGACCAGCGGGGGGGUGGAGCCGACAGCGACUCAGAGGGCGAAGCGCCACGAGAACCUGACGACAAAAGUGACUCGGACGUGGAUGUACCGCGGCCCGUCGACAGCGACGACGACUCUCCGGUCAAACGCAGGACGAGUGCAUCGGAGGAUGAGGAAGAUUCGCCGGCGAAACGCAGGAUGAGCACAUCGGACAACGAGGAGUCAGCGAGCAAACAUGCCGCUUCCGAUAACGAGGAGGGGUCGUCUCCCGCCAAACGCAGGGGAAGUACGUCAGACAUGGAGGAAGGGGAGGAGAGGCCCAAAGUGGGCGGAGACAGCGACUCUGACAACGAAGACGCCAAAGCGGCAGCGUCACCAGAACGGCAGUCCAACGCCGACAGUGACUCUGACAGGGCGAUGCCGAGCAGACGCAAGGCAGCACAGAUAGACUCUGAUGAAGAGGAGGAGGCUGGGAAACAGGAGGAUGGGGGAGGGGGAGGAGGAGGAGGGGGCAAGUGGAAGGCUGUGAUGCAGUCCGACAGCGACGAUGAGGACGAAGGCGGGAAAGCCAAAGCUGCAGCAGGAAGUGAUGGAGAGCAGGAGACGCAGCAGAGGGACAGCGACGAGGAAGACGACAAACCAGUUAAGAGGAAGAAGGCCAUCCUGUCAGACAGUGAAGACGAGGAUGAGGAGGAAGACAGAAAACCAGCAGCGAAGAGGAGUCGAGCCGUGUCGGACGAUGAUGAGAACUCGGACAGUGACGCCUCCGUGGGUCCGGAUAAGAGCCUCGCUGCCAAACUGAGAGAACUGGGCUCAGCCAGCGAGGAUGAGGAGGAGGACGACAGGUCAAAGGUCACGGCAGGGAAGAAGGAUGAGAAGGCACUGUUCGGCAGUGACAGCGACUCUGGGGAUGAUGAGGAGGAGAAGAUGAUUGCAGACAUCUUUGGUGAGUCUGGAGACGAGGAGGAGGAGGAGUUCACGGGUUUCAACCAGGAGGAUCUGGAGAGCGACAAGAAGGAGGCCAAGCAGCAGCUCCACCAGCAGGAGGAGGAGUCCGACUCUGAUGAAGGAGUAGACCGCAGUGGACAAGAUAUGAGUUUCAUGUCGGACUUCGACAUCAUGCUCGCCCGGAGAAAAGCCAUGAACAGUAAGAAGAGGCGGCACCGCGAUGGAGGCACGUUCAUCAGCGACGCCGACGACGUGGUCAGCGCCAUGAUCACCAAGAUGAACGAAGCCGCCGAGGAGGACCGAACCCUGAACAGUCAGAAGAAACCAGCGCUGAAGAAGCUCACACUGCUGCCACAGGUCGUUAUGCAUCUGAAGAAGCAGGACUUGAAGGAGACAUUCAUCGACAGCGGGUGUGAUGUCAGCCAUUAAGAGUGGAUCAGCCCCCUCCCUGAUAAGUCCCUGCCGGCCCUCAGGAUCAGGGAGGAGCUGCUCCGCAUCCUGCAGGAGCUCCCCAGUGUGAGUCAGGAGACGCUGAAGCACAGUGGGAUUGGACGGGCCGUCAUGUUUCUGUACAAACAUCCCAAAGAGUCUCGAACCAACAAAGACCUGGCGCUCAAACUCAUCAAUGAGUGGUCGCGGCCCAUCUUUGGCUUGACGUCCAACUAUAAAGGGAUGACAAGGGAGGAGCGUCAGCAGAGGGAUCUGGACCAGCAGAUGCCUCAGAGACGACGUUUAAGUUCGGGUGGACAGACGCCUCGGAGAGACCUGGAGAAACAGCUGACCGGAGAAGAAAAAGCUUUGAGACCUGGAGACCCUGGGUUCUGUGCCCGGGCCCGGGUACCGAUGCCUCCAAUAAAGAUUGUGGUUCGACCCAAAUGGAAGUAGGAGAUGGAGUCCAACAGGGGUCCGGUGAAGAAGGGCUUGUCCCGCGUGGACAAACAGAUGCGUAGAUUUGCAGAUAUCCGCCGCCUGACGAAGACGGGUCACGCCGUUAAAAUCAGUGUGGAAGGAAACCGGAUGCCGCUCUGAUUUUAACCUCAUUAGGAUUUACUCAGUUUUUUUCUUAUUAAAGUUUUGUUCCUAACCCCCUCCCCUUUGGACAAAAAGUGUCAAAUGUACUUCAGAAUGAUCAGUGGAAUAAAAAAAUGACUAAAUGUA